CCUUGACCCACGUACUUUGCUCCCUCCUGUCUAGCUACCUCCAUGUGCCCAAGCUAUGAAAGUGCUCUGUGUCGCAGAGAAACCCUCCAUUGCUAAAGCUAUUGCUGGUAUUCUCGGUGAUCAAUUUGUCACGCGUCAAACAGGCAAUCAAUACAUCAAAAACUAUGAUACGCGCUUCCAAAGUCAACGCUGGGGUGACUGUAAUAUGACCAUCACGAGCGUCGUCGGACACAUCACUGAAACUGAUUUUCCGGAGUCACAUCGUCCAUGGAAUAGCUGCUCGCCCGAUGCAUUGUUUGACGUGCCCAUCAGAACCCUGCCUCGUGAUGCUGUGCGGCCUAUUCAUGCAAACCUUGCUACAGAAGCGAGACACGCACAGAUCCUUUUUAUUUGGACCGAUUGCGAUCGUGAAGGGGAGUAUAUUGGCUGGGAAGUGCUCAUGGCUGCUCGGAAGGGUAAUGCCAAUAUCGAUGUCAAACGAGCAAACUUUAAUAACCUCGAACGAGCGCACAUCAUUCAGGCAGCAUUGAAUCCUGGUUUGCUUGACAUGAAUCAAGUCAAUGCCGUCGCUGCACGAAUGGAACUAGACCUUCGCACAGGCGCCGCUUUCACACGUUUGCAGACGACACAACUGCAGAGCAUCCAUCCAUUAUUGGAAAAAGUCAUACUAUCUUAUGGAUCUUGUCAGUUCCCUACGCUUGGCUUCAUUGUUGAUCGAUGGCGCAAAGUGACCAACUUUCGUCCUGAACAGUACUGGGCCAUCAAGGUGACGUUGAGUCGCGACAAUAUUGACGUUGCAUUUCGAUGGCAGCGCUCAGUCCUUUACGAUCGCCUCGCCGUGGUCGUCCUGUUUCAGCAAGUGCUUGAAGGGCAACGCGCACGUAUUGCAUCUGUCCAGCAAAAGCCAAAAUCCAAAUGGCGACCAUUGCCACUCACGACCGUGGAGAUGCAAAAGCAAGGAACACGCUUCUUACAUCUCUCUGCGCAUCAAAUCAUGGACCACGCUGAAAAACUCUAUCAAAAGGGAUUCGUCAGCUAUCCACGUACAGAGACUGAUCAAUUUGAUCCAGGAAUGGAUUUACGUACUCUGGUUGCCAAGCAAACAACAGACGAGGCAUGGGGCGAGUAUGCACGAGGAUUGCUAGAAGGUGGCAGAUUUCGACAACCGAGAGCAGGUCCGCACAAUGAUAAAGCACAUCCUCCCAUUCAUCCAAUCGCGCAUGUCACGCGUGGUGCAUGUGCGUCCAUGGAAGAACACAAAGUCUAUACACUGAUUACACGUCGUUUCCUCGCUGCAUGUUCGGAAGAUGCAAAAGGGUCUCAAUCGACUGUGGAUAUUGAAAUGGGUGGAGAACGCUUUUCAGCGAGUGGAUUGACGGUGCUUGAACGCAACUACUUGGACGUCUACCCUUACGACCGCUGGGAGUCUUCAGCGCAGCUACCUGCCUUUCGACAAGGCGAGCUGGUGGAGCCAAAGAGUGUUGAAAUGACAAACGAUAAGACGACGCGCCCAAGUUUUCUUAGUGAGCCGGAACUCAUUGGCUUGAUGGAUGCAAAUGGUAUUGGUACGGACGCAACCAUGGCUGCUCACAUUGAAAAGGUCCUGGAACGGCAAUACACCUUGAAGGAAGCAAAUGGCGGGACCCCUCAAUUCAUUCCAACGACCUUGGGUAUUGCUCUGGUAGAAGGCUUUGAUGCAAUGGGCUUCGAAGAAUCACUCACAAAACCACAACUCAGAAAAGAAACUGAACGACAACUCGCCAUGAUUCAUCGGGGGGAAGCGAAUAAAGCAGAUGUACUUGCAACACUGACUGAUCAGUAUCGGAUGGCUUUUCUGCGCGUCAAGGGGAAUAUACAAGUUCUGAAACAGGCGGUCCUUCGAGAAUUACCAAGAUAGCAUGAGCAUAGCAAUGUUUUUUUUUCUACAA